AUGGCUUCCUCCAGCGGUUUGUCUAAAAAAAGCCUCACAUGUUCCAUAUGUCUGGAUGUGUUCACUGACCCUGUAACCACCUCCUGUGGACACAACUUCUGUAUGGUCUGCAUCAAAAGCCACAGAGACCGCAGCCCAUGCCCAAGGUGCCCACUGUGUGGGAGUGCACUGGACCCAAAACAAGAUUUUAAUAUAAACAGAACCAUUAAAGAAAUUGCAGAGAGCAUUACAAGGAAACGGACCCAAGAGAAGUCCGAAGUGUCCUGUGAUAGUUGCCCAGAGAAGAAAAUGCGUACUGCUAUUAAGUCAUGCUUACACUGUGGAACCUCCUUCUGCGAGUCUCACUUGGAGCCCCAUAAAACUGCAGAAAAACUCAAGAAACACAAACUAAUUAACCCUGUGAAGAAUCUCGAGGAAUACAUUUGCAAGAAUCAUGAAAGACCUCUGGAUCUUUACUGUAGAUUUGAUCAGACAGCCAUCUGUCAGUUCUGCACCGAAUGUGAUCACAAGAAUCAUAAUACUGUUCCUCUGGAGAAGGAGAGUUUGAAAUUGCUGAUGAAUAAAAAGAUUGCUGUGCAGCAGAAAAUUCAGGACAAUUUGCGGAAGAUUAAAGAAAUUAAACAUACUGUGAGGUUUAACAAACAAGCCAAAGAGAAGGAGAUUGAAGAGAACAUCAAGUUUUUUCAAGACACCUUUGACAGAAGCAAUGCAGAGCUACUUGAUCUCAUGGAGGAGAAGCAUAAAGAAACAGAGAGACGAGGUGAAGAGCUCAUCAGAGAGCUAGAUGAAGAGAUUGUGGAGCUGAAGAAAAGACAAAGUGAACUGGAGCAGCUCUCACAUCCUAUGGAUUUAACACAAAUUAUUAGCCUCCUGUGCAACCCCAUAUACACCAACCGCUCAAAAAACAUCAGCAUCAGCGCUCUUGAACAUGGAGGUAUUCUGAGGAAGACCAUAUCGCAGCUUCAGAGCGUCCUGGAUGAGAAAAUGAAAGAAGCUGUUGGCAGAGAGCUAAGGAGUGUACAACAUUAUGCAGUGGAUGUGACAUUUGACCCUGAUACAGCUCAUCCUGAGCUCAUGCUGUCUGACAAUGGGAAAAAUGUCUGGAAUACAGGCAAGUCACAGAAGAUUCCCGACACCCCAAAAAGGUUUGAUUAUUGCUCAUGCAUCUUAGGAAAGGAAGGAUUCUCCUCACAGAAAUUUUACUAUGAGGUUCAAGUCAGUGGGACUGAGUGGGAUUUAGGUGUGGCAAAAGAAUCCAUAGACAGAAAAGGGGAUAUUUGCCUCAACCCUGAGAAUGGAUAUUGGACUAUAUGGCUGAGGAACAGGAAUGAGUAUGCAGCGAAUGAUCGCUCCCCUAUCCCUCUCAGCUUAAAAGAGAAGCCAGUGAAAGUGGGAGUGUUUGUGGAUUUUGAGGAGGGUUUGGUCUCGUUUUAUGAUGUUGAAGCCAGGUAUCAUAUCUAUUCUUUCACUGGACAGUCUUUCUCUGAAAAGCUCUAUCCAUAUUUUAGUCCUGGAGAAUGUGAGAAAGGGCAGAACUCGCACCCUCUGAUCAUUACACCUGUCGACUCAGUCGAAUAAAUCAACAUUUACAGGAACUUUUAAACUGAAUUUUUGUAUAAUCUUAAAACUUUCAGAUAUAAAUGGUGUUAAUUGCAGAUAUGACCAUUUCUUCUCUAAAUUCAACAAUGAAGGAUCAUUAAUCAUUUACAUUUUAAAAGUAUUUAUUUCUAAUGCCUGUUGCAGU